GCUCGUGGCACAUCCCUGGAUCGGGUCACUCUCUAGCCCUCAGUGUGUGUCUCGUUUACAUGUUUUACUUGAGUUUACCUCUCAUCAGGUAGACUCCUCGUGUCCCCUCACCAGGUAGACUCCUUGUGUCCCUUCACCAGGUCGACACCUUGUGUCUUCUCUUCAAGAGGUCGACACCCCGUGUCUCUCCUUCAAGAGGUCGACACCCCGUGUCUCUCUCUCAAGAGGUCAACAUCCCGUGUCUCUCCCUCAAUAGAUCGACACCUUGUGUCUCCUCUUCAAGAGGUCAACACCCCGUGUCUCUCCUUCAAGAGGUCAACACCCCGUGUCUCUCCCUCAACUGGUCGACACAGUCGACAAGAAAAUCAACAAGAUGACUACUAUAAAGACUGACAAGAAUUCAACGGUGCCAGCGCGGGUCACACUGGCUCUACUCACCUCCCUGGGGGUCGUCACACUAUACAUGGGCAGGAUCAACAUGUCUGUGGCUAUAGUGGCUAUGUAUCACACGCCUCCAACCCACGACACCGGCCACAGCCCUAAGGAAGCCCACACCGACGUCCACAGCCUGAGCCCAGCCCACACCACGGCCUUCUGCAUCAUAUCUAACAAGGUAAAUCUGUCCACACUGGAGGAGACGCUGGAGGAGGAAACGGAGGUUGGAGUGAACUCCAGCACAAUUAAGGGCAACACGGAGGACGAGCAGCCACUGUACACGAUGGCGCUAACGGGGACACAGAAGGGCCUCGUACUAGGAGCGUUUUUCUACGGUUACUUCGCAACGAACAUCCCAGGUGGGCGGCUGGCCGAGGUGUAUGGAACUAAGAGAGUGUUCGGGGGAGCCAUCCUGGUGGGCGGAGUGCUCACCUUCUUCACGCCCCUGGCCGCCCACGCCCAUUAUACCGCCCUCAUUAUUCUUAGACUCCUCAUUGGCCUCGCCCACGGUGUGGUCUACCCUGCCAUGAACGUAAUGGUAUCCAAGUGGGUCCCGCCCCUUGAGCGGCCUCGCUUCAUGUCCUUCACUUAUAUGUCUAACACCCUGGGCACCAUCAUCACCAUGCCACUGUGUGGGGUGAUCAUCGCAUGGGCGGGGUGGGCGGAGGUGUUCUACGUGACUGGGGGUGUAUCCCUGGCGUGGGUGGUGUUGUGGGCGUGGCUCAUGCACGACACCCCUCUCCAACACCCUUCCAUCACCGCCCACGAGAGAGACUACAUCCUUAACUCCAUCAAGGAAGGCACCACCCAGCACAAGGCGAUGAAGAUCCCAUGGAGGAGUAUCUUGAAGAGUGGUCCACUCUGGGCUACCCACAUCGCCCACAUAGGCAGUAUGUUCGGCUUCAACCUGCUACUAACACAACUGCCCACCUACAUGAGCAGUGUCCUGGGCUUUUCAAUCAAGACGGUUACUAAGAACAGGACGUCAGGAUGCGUUACCAAGAUGUUUAUCUUAACUGUGGUGUGUGUGGUGACAGCGCUGGUGGUGCCUGGUGUGGUGCUGGUGGUGGUGGGUUACGUGGGGUGCAACACCACGCUGGCAGCACUCUUCCCCAUUGGCACUGCCUUCAGUGGAGCCAUCUGCUCGGGCCACCUGGCUAACCAUCUCGACCUUGCCCCCAAUGUUGCAGGUACUCUGCUGGGUCUGAGCAACACCCUGGCUUACAUGGUAUCAAUGUGUGUACCUGUGAUUGUGGGUGCCAUGACUCCCAACCAAAGUCUGAAGGAGUGGCAGUCUGUAUUCUGGCUGACGGCUGUCAUGUAUAUCACCUCCUGGAUGGUGUUUGUGGUCUUCGGCACCACGAAGAUCCAACCUUGGAACUACCAGGAGGACGAGGAGGUUGAGGGUCAGAGACCGUCGAGAGAGGAGACCAAGUUUCUGAAGACAAAAGAGGAGACUGAGGAACAGAGACCGUAGGAAAAGGAGACCAAUUUCCUAAAGGCGAUAGAUUGAGACCGUAGGAAGAGGAGAUCAGCUUCCCGAAGACAAAGAAGGAAGAUGAUAGAUGGAGACCAAAAGAAGAAACGGCCAACUUCCUGAAGACAAAACAGGAAGACGAUGGAUAGAAACCAUCAGAAGAGGAGACCAACUUCCUCAAAUCAAAAUAGAGCGGAGACCGUCGGAGGAAAGCAAAAUAAAGCAUUACUUACAUGAGCAAUAUGCCCGAAAUUCGUAGUGGGAGACAGGCAGACAUUAGCCACAGCAUACGUUAUCCCUUUCACACAGCAAACAUUCCUUAGCCAUGCCUCACUCCACACUUCUCCUUGAGCAAGUGAACCCCCGAGCCAUGAAUCAUGUCAGCUGGAGUGUAGACAGUAUGGCUGUCGGUGAAAAAUAGUCGAAAUUGUUGAAAAUUGUACAAAGACCACUUUGGGAGAUGAUUGUGUUCGAAGACAUGACAACAAGUCAUAGAAAAAUCACAGAACGGACGGGAAAUCGAACCUGCCGCGGGUUUCAACCCUGUCCGUUCUGUGGUUUGUUUGUAAUUGUG